AAAUGGAUGACUUUGAUGAAUGUAUAGGGGCUCCCGACAACCCUCUUGGAAGAGUCCUAUUUGAUAAGGAUAAAUUCAUUGAUUAUUUUAUUACAAGUAGAAAAUCAGCACUUGAGUGCAUGAAAGAGGAGUCCAAACAUGGUAAUUUGGCUGAAGAAUCAGGAAGUAGAUUACACUCCUGGCGGGUUUUACUGGGUCUUAUACCUUCAGAAUCUAAUCCUGAGGCCUGGGUGAGCAAGAUUAGACAGCAUAGAGCUAGAUUUUAUAAGAUAAGUGAGAGGUAUUCUAUUGAGAAAACUAAAGAUCUUGACCCAAUGUCAUUUAACCCCUUAAUGGCAAGCAAAAACAACCUUUGGAGCGAGAUGAUUGAAGAUAAAGAUAUGAAGGAUACAAUCAUGAAAGAUGUUGUCAGGACAUACCAGGAGUACAAAUUUUUCCAAAUAAAGGAGGUAAAAGACCGCAUGGUCUCUACCUUAUAUUUUUGGGCAAAGACUUACCCGAUGUAUUCCUACAGACAAGGCAUGAACGAGAUUAUAGCAGUUAUAUACUUUGUCUUAGCAUCGGAGAAAUCAGGUUCAUAUGGUAAAAUUGAUCAGCUUUCGGACUCUGAAAUUGCUUCAGACAAUGAAAAGCUCAUCAAGUUCUUGUAUAAUAAAAAGCACAUGGAUGCUGAUGUGUUCGUAAUCUUCGAGAAAGUAAUGAGUAUGGGUAUAAAAGAACUCUACGGAACAAUUGAAGAUCUAACAAGUAUUAAAGGAAAAUUAGAUAGCUGUGCUAAAGAUAAUAAUGACAGAAUGUUCAAGUGGAAAUAUGAAAUAGAGCAAGAAGAAAAAGGCAGAAGAGCCAAAAUAGAACAAAUUUAUGAUGAAGAGAGAAAGAAAAGUGCUGUCAUGAGACGGUGCAACCGGAUCUAUCAUAAUUAUCUGAAAAGAGUGGAUACUGAAGUUUAUAAACAUCUUGUUAGUAUCCGUCUUGAUCCUGAACUUCAGCUCAUGAGAUGGCUCAGGUGUAUACUCAGCAGAGAGUUCAACAUUGACAUGACUCUUAGUCUCUGGGAUUACAUCUUCUCUGGAAUAAAGGAUGAGUACAGAGAAGAUAGGGAUUUUGGAGAUAUGUAUUACGCAGAGAGUUACUUCGAUUCUACCGAGGAUCCUUUGAUAAACCUUGAUUAUCUCUGAUUAGCCAUGAUUGAGAAUAUCCGAGAUAAGAUCUAUAAACAGGAAAUUGAAGACUGACUAGAAGUGUUUUUCAAUUAUCCUGAAGUAAAGGGAGCAUCAAGGCUUAUUUCUGUUUCUGAAGAAAAAUUAAAGAAGUUAUAAAGAGUGGUACAAAAAUACAAAGUAGUUCUGGUAGCCUUAAGUCAAAAGAUAAUAAUCUCAAAGAUGAUUUAGAAGAAGCCAAAGCCUCUUCAACCGAAGAAAGCACCUUCUUCAGCAAGUCUGAUCUAAAAGAAGACAAAAUAGAGGAAGAAAAGAAAGAAACAGUGUCUGAAAAACCAGCUAAAAGAGAUGUUUCCACCAAGAAAUCAGAUAUGUUUUAUGACCCUUUGAGUAACUUCAAUUCAAAGAGCAAAUUUCCUUCAAGAGGGAUACCUGCUGCCAAACCAAAGAAGAAUGAGGAGGAAGAAGAAGGAUUUGUCUCAAAGCGGAUAAGUGAUAUGAGGACUCCAAGUGAUGAUAGUUCUACUCAAAAUACUCGUUCUCAUCAUCACACCACUUAUGAAAAAGAUGAUGAUAACUGCCAUGAUUAUGGAAGCCAUCAUCAUAGCAUGUCCAAAAAUAUCACUGGAGAGAAGGUCAUUGGCUCUAUUAUGGGCGGAUGGAACAUGAUCAACCAGAAGCGGAAGGAAUAUGUAGACCCUCUAGUCAAGAAAGGUCUUAAUAGUGUCCAAAGCCAAAUCAAUAAGAGAAAUACUAAUAAUACUGAGGAUCUCCAACAAAACAGAGUUUUGAAAGAGAAAUUAUGAAAAGUUAGUGAUUUCCUCAAAAAACUUCGAGAUGGCAGUAGCUACGAAGUAGCUAAACGCCAAUUAAUCAAUGUUGAUGUAGAAGAGGAGGAGCUUAGUGAUAUUCAGGCCGAAAUAGAGACUAUGAUCCAAAUGACCUCUUCUCAUUCAAAUGAUGAUUAAACAAUAAACUUCAUUCAA